AUUCUAAAGCAUUCGCUGAGCAGCGAAGCUUGGGCCUUGGGUUUUUGACUUUUGACCCCUGGCUGCUGAAACUCGAAAGGUCUUUGAACCGAAGCGAGAGUGAGCUGAGUAGACUAGUUUCCUCUCUGGUCUCCCAGAACCACUGUCACUGUCACCGUGACUGCUGCCCAUGGAAGCUGCCGUGGUUGACGUCGGGACUAAGCUCCUCAAAGCUGGUUUCGCAAUUCCUGAUCAGUCUCCUGCCAUGAUAAUUCCCACUCAGAUGAAAAGAGUGCUUGAUGAUGGUGGGUCUGUGAGUGACGAUAAUUCAAUAGCUGAUAGUGUUACUGUUGAUCCAGUGGUGCGAGGGUUUGUCAGAGAUUGGGACGCCAUUGAGGAUUUAUUGCAUCAUGUCUUGUAUACUGGCCUUGGAUGGGAAAUUGGCAAUGAAGGACAGAUAUUAUUCACAGAUCCACUUUGUACCCCCAAGGCCAACAAGGAACAGCUAGUGCAAUUAAUGUUUGAAACAUUCAACAUAUCAGGGUUUUAUGCCUCAGAACAAGCAGUUUUAUCACUGUAUGCUGUGGGACGUAUCUCAGGGUGCACAGUUGAUAUUGGACAUGGAAAAAUAGAUAUUGCGCCAGUAAUUGAGGGUGCUGUCCACCACAUUGCAUCGAGAAGAUUCGAGUUUGGAGGUACUGAUCUAACUAAUUUCUUGGCACAAGAACUUGGGAAAUCCAAUCCACAAGUAAAUAUCAGCUUGUUUGAUGUGGAGAGAAUAAAAGAGCAAUACUCAUGUGCUGCUGAAGAUGAAUUAGCUUAUCAAAAGACUGUUUCAUGUCCUGUGGAGAAACAUACACUUCCUGAUGGACAGGUCAUAACAAUUGGGAGGGAAAGAUAUACUAUUGGCGAAGCUUUAUUCCAACCAAGUCUGUUGGGUUUGGAGGCUCAUGGCAUUGUUGAGCAGCUUGUCCGUGCUGUUUCAACAGUGUCACCUGAUAAUCAUCGGCAGCUGCUGGAAAAUACGGUGGUUUGUGGGGGCACUUCUUCUAUGACCGGUUUUGAAGAUAGAUUUCAGAAGGAAUGUAGCUUAAGUUCGUCUGCCAUUCAACCUGCUCUGGUUAAGCCUCCAGAGUACAUGCCAGAGAACUUAAGCCAAUAUUCUGCAUGGGUGGGAGGUGCGAUACUUGCCAAAGUAGUUUUCCCUCAAAAUCAACAUAUAACCAAGGGAGAUUAUGAUGAAACUGGACCUUCCAUUGUUCACCGGAAAUGCUUCUGACAAAAUUCACCUAUCGCAUAAUCUCCACAAACGUUGCAUUCCUCUGCAGUUUGCACUUGCCUGUACUGUAACAUAUGGUAGGUUUUUAUUCGCUGUAUAUUCAAAAUGUUAGAUGUCCAUUUGCUUGUGUUAUUUUAAAAUUUGCAGUGAUCUCCACUGAUACCACUCUUCGGACAAAAUCAUGUGUAUAUUUAUUCAUGUUAUAGCACUAGCCACACCUUUAUUUGCA